AUGGAGUUGCUUCAGGAGGUAGGAUGGAGGUACCUGCCGCACGAGGAGCUUUUCUGCUCACGAAUCUGGCACCAAGUUACAAGGGAGUUAACCCAGGGUCGAGACUGCAUGGGGAACGCUGGAGAAACGGGCUCUCCGUUGGGGAAACAGGAUGGUGUCCAGAGUGAAGAAGCCGGCUUCAGUAAACAUUCUGAUCAGAAUUCAUUUCUUCAAGUUCACCCUGGAGAAUGCCAAGAAGAAGAGAGAUGUGUGAAAAUUUCCGGUUGCAGCCACCAUCUUUACGCUCUUCCAGGAGAGAAGCCUUACAAGUGUGAGAACCGUGGCACCUUCCAUCGGGUUUUAAGUCUUCAGUGCCGCCAGAGAGUGUACAAGAGACACAGAUCACACCAGUCUGACACACUGUUCAGAAAUCUCGGUCACAGGCCACACUUUCAUCACCACCAGAGUAUCCCCACUGCAGAAAACUCAAACGAAUAUGAGGAGUGUGGAACUCUUAGGAAAAACUCACGUGGUGAGACCCCUCUGUUAGUCCACACAGGAGAGGGACCCCAUAAAUGUGAGGCGGGUGGGGCGGGCUUCAGUCAGAGCACGUAUCUUCAAGUGGAUGGGCAAGUCCAUUCUGGAAAGGAACCAUUUCAGUGUAAGGAAUGUGGGAAGGGUUUCAGCUUGUUUUCACGGCUGCGUGCCCAUCAUCGAAUCCACACGGGAGAGAAACCGUACAGAUGUGAUGCCUGUGGCAAGGGCUUUAGCUACAGCUCACACCUUAACAUCCAUAGUAGAAUGCACACAGGAGAAAAGCCCUAUAAGUGUGGGGAGUGUGGGAGAGGCUUCAGGGUAGGCUCGCACCUCCAAGUUCAUCAGAUAAGCCACAUUGGAGAGAAACCGUAUAAAUGCGAGGCAUGUGGGAAAGGCUUCUGUCGGGCCUCGAAUCUUCUGGACCAUCAGCGAGGCCACACUGGAGAGAAGCCAUAUCAAUGUGAGGCUUGUGGGAAGGGCUUCAGUCGGAGUUCUGAUUUUAACAUUCAUAUUAGAGUCCACACGGGCGAAAAACCAUACACAUGUGAGGAAUGUGGCAAAGGCUUCAGCCAGGCCUCAAACCUUCUGGCCCACCAGAGAGGCCACACUGGCGAGAAACCCUACAAAUGUAAUACGUGUGGGAAGAGCUUCCGUCGGAGUUCAGAUCUGAACGUUCACUGUAGAAUCCAUACCGGAGAGAAACCCUACAAAUGCGAGACGUGUGGCAAAGCCUUCAGUCAGUUCUCGAGUCUUCAGGUGCAUCAGCGGGUCCAUACGGGAGAGAAACCGUACCAGUGUGCAGAGUGUGGGAAGGGCUUCAGUGUGGGUUCACAGCUUCAAGCCCACCAGAGGUCCCACACCGGAGAAAGACCCUAUCAGUGCGAGGAGUGCGGGAAAGGCUUCUGUCGGGCCUCCAAUUUUCUAGCUCAUCGCGGAGUCCACACAGGAGAAAAACCGUACCAAUGCCACGUGUGUGGCAAACGCUUCCGGCAGAGGUCCUACCUCCAAGCCCACCAGAGGGUUCACACUGGCGAGAAACCGUACAAGUGCGAGGCGUGUGGGAAAGGCUUCAGCUGGAGCUCCUACCUCAAAGCCCACCAGAGGGUUCACACUGAAGAGAAACCAUACAAGUGUGAGGCCUGCGGGAAAGACUUCAGCUGGAGCUCGAGCCUCGUGAUUCACCAGCGAGUCCAUGCUGACGCUGAAUGUGGCAAGGGUCCUUCUUCAUCGGAGGAUUCAUAUGGAAAAUAAACUCUACAAACUUACGUCUAAUCCAAACUGUCAAAGAGCACAGAAAAUCAUCUCAUAAUUGGGAGUGUAUGUUAGCUAGAGUUAUCAUAGAUUCUCAUGGUGUUUGGGAGACCAGACAUCACAGGGAACUAGUGUGGACCUUUGAUUGUUUCGUUCAGAAUCUUGACCCUAAUCAGAUCUAUGCAGAUGAGAUGCCCGGAAAAGACAAACCUGACCUGGAAUUAACUAGAAGCACAACCCUGUUCAGUAGGAUUUACACUCCAAUAGAAAGGAGACAUCAUUCACAGUCAAAUUUUCCCCGCCUUUCCAGUGCCUUUCAAUAAUUGUUAAGAAAGCCAGACAUAAUGGCUCACAGUUGUAAUUCCAGCUCUCAGGAGGCCGAGGGGAGACAUUUUCUAUAGGAUCAGCCUGAGCUAUGGUGUGAGACCCCCAUCUCAACACACCAAAGUACUAACAAUAAGCUGUGUGAGGAACAAUCGUUUGAAACGUUUUAUUAAAUUCUCUCCCAGAGUUUCUAUAAAGACGUUCUCAGAAGUGUUCUAGAAGGCUUGCAGAGCAUAUGAAUUAGAUGUCUGUGCUCCUUUCCCCAAAUCUGUAGGGAAUAUCGGUCAGACUGAAGCUCCUGUGUGCAGACGUGGCGUCGUGGACAGCGCUUCUGUAUGCUAACAGUGUCAACAUGCACAAGUCACAUUUCGGCCUUCCUGAGUUUGGACAAAUGAAUUCACAUGCAAUUCUCUCCAGCACCAGUGUCUGAAUGCUCCUGCUAAGCAGGCGCUUUAUGGCCAUUUCCCGUCAGUCCCGCCCUCGGUGGCAACAAGUGCAGCUCCCAGAUUGCACUUUGUGUGGGUUUGUUCUUGAGUUUCUUGUAGAUUAAAUGUGGA